GCCUUGAUGACGAUCCAGCUCCGACUGGCGGAUUGCUUCCUGCUCACAUCCUUGGAGGAGCUAACCAGGCCCUUGGGCAGCCUUCCGCACAUCAAGGCGCUGGAGCUGAGCCUGCCGGGCUGCUGCUCCCUUAGGAGCCUGGGAUCCCUGAGCAGCCACCUGCGAGAGCUCAGG